UGGGGAGGCAGCAGAGAGAGGCCUUUCUCCCUGGAUAACCGUUGGGGCCUCAGUCGGGGCGGGGAGCGGGAGGAGGCGGCAGUGGGGCCUCUUCUGCGUCUCUCUCUCUUUGCAGAUGGCACCGCCGGGGGCCCUCCGGAACCCCCCCAAGGUAGUAUCUUCAGGAAGACUUACUGGAUCAAAUAAACUCACCGGUGGGAAAAAACAGGUUGGUCUGAGAAAAGUGGCACAUUCAGAUGCUGACUGUGGUUAUUCUCUGUAUUCCACAGACUCUGAAGAUCAGGUUGCAACUAUUCAUCAUGGCCUCGAUCGUUGUGCAGCUUUACUAAAGGACAUAUUACAAAAUGAUUCUGAAGGUACGGAGACAGUCUGUCGAAAGGCAGGAAAAGCAGCUGUUGUCAGAACAACUGGCAGACCUUUACUCAGUAAAGUAAGUGGUUUGAAGAAGAGAGGGCCAAAGAAGAAACCUGUUUCUACAAAUGUACAUAAGGAAAUAGUGCCUGUGUUAACUAGGAAGACUGCUUCGGGUAAUCUGAAUGCAGGUGGAAAAGAGGCAGCCACUGUGAACACUGAACAAACUCUUACUGGUCAAGCAGUUUAUAUACCUUGCUCUCAACAUUCUCCUGUAAUGCAUCAGAAACUCUGUGAGCAGAUACAGACACAAAUGUCUCUGCUGAAUAUGCAGCUUCCACAGAAGUCUGAUGACAUUCCUGAAGCACCACUUUCCAUCAUUCCUGAAAAUGGAACACAUCAGCCUGUUACUGCAUUCAACAGUCGUUUACCUUCUUCUACACCAGCUUUGUCCCCACAGCAUGCAGCUAAUCCUACAGUUAUUCAGCCUGGUGUUUCCAUAAACAACUGUGGCCAGUGUGCAUCACAUAUAGGACCUGUGCUUUUGCCAACAACUUUCACUGAUUCAACUUCUACUCCCCAAGUGCAGCCUACUGCAUCAUGUCCCCAUAUGAUUCCUUCUGCUGUUAGUGAUCUUGUACCAUCUACAGUCCCUGCUGUACUUCCUAGCAGAGAGGCUUUGUCAGAACAAAGAAACCAGGAGCAGUGGUUUAAAGAGGCAGAUCUCAUAAAGUGUAUUCAAGCACACCUAGCUGUAUUGCAGGCACAUGAAAAGAACAAUGGAAAAAACAAUGAAAAGUGCCAGGACAUUGAUCAAAUACAGUCCAAGCCCUUCAGUGUGAGAGAAGAAGAUACUGCUGAAGAAUAUAGUGAGAGUAUUCCCAGUGAAGAAGAGGACUUGGAUGGAGUUGAUAUGGCACCAGUGAGAGACACAGGCUGUCAGACUAGUUUUGACAAGGAAGUUUUAAAGCCAAAAAACCCAAGCUUGCAAAAAACAGUUCAAAAAAUGAAAACAUUGAAGUACCUUUUAGGAGAGCUGAAGACCCUCCUAACAGAUCAUGAUGACUCAGAAAUGUUGAGACUGCUUGUUGAAGUUGAAGACACUGUAUCACUCUUGCCUGCUGCUGCUGGAAAUACAAAUGUGCAAGCAGAAGUAGCACUUGCUCUUCAGCCUCUCAGAAGUGAAAAUGCCCAGUUGCGCAGAAGAUUAAGAAUACUGAAUCAGCAGCUCAAAGAUCAAAGGAGAGCUGAAAAGGAGUGUAAUCUGGACAGCAACUUUGAAUUUAUCUCCCUACGGUCUCUGAAUGUGACAUUGCAGGCUCAACUGAGUGAAUCUGUAAAAAGCAUUGAGUCACUGCAAAAUAAAAAUGAAGAGCUCAUUAAAAUCUUAGAAAGCCAAAAAGAAGAAAACAAAAGACAAACUAGAAUAAUCCACGAGCGAGAACAAGAGCUGCUUGAAAGGAGACAGCAGCAUGAUAUUGAAUCAACAAAGCUUAAACUUGAAGCAGAUGAGAUGUUGACCAACAUUAAGCAUUUCCAAUAUAAGUUAGAAGCUGCUGAGAAAGAGAACCAGAUUUUGAACAUAACAUUGCGGCAACGAGAUGCAGAAGUUAAUAGACUGCGUGAAUUGACUCGGGCUUUGCAGGGCAGUAUGUCCAAACUUCUUGCUGAUCUCACUGUGGACACUGCUGCACCAAAACAUGAAAGGAGCCUGUCAAAAGCUGUCUUGGAAUUUCAUGAGAAACAGCUGCAGCCAGAGGCAUACCCUCUAAGUGAUUCCAUAAUGAACUACCUCAAAAAAUUAGAAACUGAUCCUGUUAUGAUAAAUGCAGAAGCUCUCUUAUCAAAGACAGAGAUGAAAGAGCCAAAUCAAGCAGAUGACAUCAGGGCAGCAGAUUACUCUUCUCAAAAGAGUUCUAUUGAAGAGGAAAUUGUGGCUCCCAGGAAUGUUUUUACCUUUCUGAAGCCUGAUGUUGAAGGAGCCAGUAACUCAAGUACUUUAGUGGAAGGACCUGGGCCGGAUGAGACUAUUUACAUUACAUUGAGUGGCAAUCCAUCUCAAAACCCAGCAACAACAGCUGAGAGAAGGACAGACACACAACGCCAAGUCCCCAAAAAACUGAACUGUGACUUGAUUGAUUCUAAGCAAACAAGUAGAUUUGGGGUAAUGGACAACAAAUUCUACAGUAGCUAUUGUCCAAAAAAGACUGUUGAAAAUAAAGCUGAAACUUCAGGAAGGACAGCAGUGCUGGAAGGCAAGAGGUUCCAGUUGCAGCCAAAAGAAACAAUCAGUGGAGCUGCUAAAGUGAUUUCGGACAAUCCAGACAGACUUCAUCCUGAUAAAUUCCUUUAUGUUCCCAUUUCACAUCAGAAAGAAAAUAUGCACGGCAAAGACGCUGGAAUUUCUGCUCCUGAUUCCAGUUUUUCAACUUUUGACUGGAUGUCAGGAAAAUCUGAAUGUACUGUAUCUUCCUUUUCAACAUUCACAUCUAGAGAUGAAGAAGACUUCAAAAAUGGCCUAGCAGCCUUAGAUGCUAACAUAGCUAGACUGCAAAAAACUUUGCAGAAUAGUUUGAAAAGAACUGCAACUCCUUAAAUGAAUUUCUUCAGAACAGGUGGUGGUGGUGGUGGUGGUGGUGGUAGACACUUCUUUGAAAUAUGGAUUAUUUAUAAUACCAUUUGUACUGUAUUUUUAUAGCUGGGUGCCCCUUGAAUUGUUGAUGAAAAUUUUUACUUAUUUUCUUACUGAUAAAUCAAAGGUGUUUCACAAGUGAAAAUUAAUUAAUGAUUAAAAAAUUAAGAAUGUAAUUUAAUGUAAAGAAAUUUAAUUAUUCUAAUAAAGAAGAACCUCUUUAAU